UGUUUGUGAAUUAAUAAAUUUUCCGUGUUUUGAACAAACAUACAAAAUGAAGUACAUGGAUAAAUUGCCAACAGUGAUCAGCUGUUGUUUCUGCUGCUUCCUAAGAGCUGGAACGGUUAUGAUCGCAGUAUUCUCAUUCAUAUCGGGUUUGAUCUUCGCGCCCAAUGUAAGUCAUACGAAGGGUUUCUGGAACAUGGAUCCAGUUCUCUCGUACCACAGCGCAGCCACUGAACAUACCAUACAGAUAAUCUUAGGCGUUGUCUCGAUCAUGCUGUGCUUGGUCAGCGUGAUGUUACUCGUUGGAGCUAUUUGUAAUAUACCAAUGUUAAUCCUGAUAUACCAGUGGGGGGCACUUCUGUACAGUGCAACAGUCUUCUUGUUGCUGUUCAUUCUGGCUGUUUUCUGUUUCUUUGUGCAUUCGAACUGUGUGCUGGCUGGUGCAGCUCUGUGUGCGCUGAUGGUGUGUGAAGUAUUAGUUACCGUUUAUUUUCUAAUCGUCGCGAACAGCCUACGAAUGUCUCUAAAGUAUGCGGCGAGCGAUGACAUCUUUUAUUAACAGCAAAGAAAGCAACGCGACUUAUUUAUUACUCUGUGAAAGAACCUAUAAAGAGGUUCUACGGUAUAUUUGCU